GACAAACUAUACGAAAUACCGUAUCAGUGUUUUUUAUGCGUUGGGUGAAAGGAACGGCAAUCAGAUAGACUGUAGCCUAUCUACAGAACAAUCGGAUACGCUCGGCUAUUUUCCCUGUAAACAAGGUUAGAACCGGAUCAAACCAGUUCAUUGUUAGUGUUCUAGAAGGCAAGCGGCUAAACAAAGGAACAAUGGAAAAAAUUCGUUUUAUUUGAAUUUAUACGUUUAUUUUUGGAACAUUAUUGAUUGGAAAGUGAUAUUUAUUUGUCAAUUUGUGCACGGCAUGGAAUACUAUUGAAAACUAUACUACAAAUUACCAAGUUUUGACAAAUUUACAGUUUUCACUCCAACAUGCCUCCGAAGAAACGGAAGAACAGCGAUGUUCCACCGACAAUGACCAAGAAAAGGGCGAAAACAACGGCCUCACAUACCGCCACAACCAGUGUAAACACGAAUGACCCUGCCAUUUUGGCAAUAACUGAAAAUACCCGAAAUAGGGCAGCAAGAAGACCGGUUUUAGACACGCCUGGACUGUCCGGGAACCAAUCCCAGGCUGUAAAUGAGGGCGAUUCUCGUUUAACAAGCCAAAUCAUCGGCAACCAAUCCCAGCCUGGUGUCGAUGUACACACACAAAUGACAAGACAGAUAGUGGACAAUAUUUCCAGUACACUGGAGAGCUUAGUGGAGCGGAAGAUCUCUGAAAUUUUGGGGAAAAACAUGCCCCAGACAUCCACUCCAACGACUGAUCAAGAACAGCAUCUGAAUGAUCGUGGGAUUCAAUCAAUCCAACAUGAGGGACACUGGAACAAUCUUCCAAACUACAACAUUGUGCAAACAGAACAUAGCACUUUCACAGAUUCAACGGUUCAAAGCGUUAGCGCCCUUCUGCAACCCACAUCCUACAGUCAUAGCUCCACAUCUCAAGCCAGAGGUAUUGUGCAAGGGUUUGAACAUUUGCUAAAUGCUUCUCUUGCACCUUCAACUAUGGAGACAUACAAGCGCGGUUGGCGGCUAUUUCAUGAGUUUUGUCAAGUUUUUUCCAUUUCUACUAUCUCUUUGCCCCUUUCUGUCACGACUCUAGCCCUGUUUGUGGCUUUCCUUCACCAAAAACCUAUGUCCAUGAAAUCCAUUACCACUUACCUUUCAGGCAUAAGCUAUGCACAUAAGCUGCAAAACGUGACAGACCCCACUUGUCAUUUCCUUAUAUCGUCCUUAAUUAAAGGUGCGCAACGCUUGUCACCAUCUUACGACUUGCGCUUACCUAUCACUAUUGAUCUUUUAGAUAAAUUAAUAUUUGCUCUAAAGCAUACUUGCGAAACUCACUACCAUGAAAAACUAUUUGCUGCCAUGUUUCUAUUUGCAUUUCAUGCUUUUGCUCGUUGCAGCGAGAUUGCAAGCUGCAAGCCAUCUACAAAGUCUUUCAUUUUACAGUUAGUGGACAUUCAGUUUGAUUCCAUUACAGCACCUUCUUCAGUAUCGGUUACUUACCACAGGUUUAAGCAUAAUAAUGGCAAACCACACACAAUCAACUUUUCACAUGGCCAUACAAAACAAUCUGCAGUUCAUGCCCUGAAGGACUACAUAUCAGUUCGUGGUCAAUAUCCGGGGCCUAUUUUUACUUUAACUUCUGGUUUACCUGUCCCUAGGAGAAUUUUUGAUAAACAGCUAUCUUCGUGUUUAAGAUUUUGUGGCUUGGACAGCAAACGGUACAAAUCACACAGCUUUCGUAUAGGUAAAGCUACUGACUGUGCUCAAAGAGGGUACUCAGAUGCUAAGAUAAGACAUUUAGGUCGUUGGCAUAGUAACGCUUUCCAGAAGUACAUCAGAAUUACAGAUAAUUGACCAGUCUUAUCCCGCAGACAAAGAGCAUUGCAUAAUAUACCUUAAUGAUAACAGCACUCUCUAUCAAGCAACCUGCUUGGGCUGGUUGCUUUGAACAGACGUGCCAUCUGACAUUAAUUAAAACCUUAACAAUUGAGAUUAGCCUUGUCCUGGUACAAAAAUCCCAGAUUUACCAGUUACCUGUAUAUAUGUAUAUAUAUAUCAUGUACCAUUUUUACUUGUGGCAUUUCUAUAACUUUGUUGUGUUUUUUCCAAUAUGAAUGUCAUUGUAUGUGUUAAGUACUGUGAAAGAUACUCACUCUUUGUAUCGGAAACAUUUUCGUUGCCUGCUUGGGCUGUCAACGACAAAAAUUUUCCAAAUGCUAUUUUUCUUCACGCGCUAUAUGUUUGCCAAUACUUCGUAAUUACAAUCUAUUCGAUACCUGCCUGGGCUGGCUAUCGAAAAACAACUAAGUCGUAUAUUUUUUUUCACAUUCUAGAUGUGUUCAACUACAUUGUAUCGAAUUGAGCAAACAAUUCAUUGUAUAUACAUUUUGUUGAUUCCAUCAUUUUCAUUUAAUGCGCCACUGUAAUGUAGCGUCUUAUGUUUGUUUGUUUGCUUGUAUCACAGUUUCUACUUUAUCAAGCCAAUGUGUACUGAUAAUUACACAUAUAUAUGGUUAGUGUAGAUUUUGUUAAUUUAUUGACGUUACUGACAUUAUUUACUUUGUCUUGCUUUAAAUAGUCUUUGAUGCAUUUCCACGUUACAUGUUUUAUUCUAGUCAGAAUAUUUUGUGAUUCUGUUGAAAAAUGCGUUAUUUCUUACAUACUUGUUAUACUUGAGCCAUUCAGUUCCCAUUUUGUUCACAAGAUGCCAAAGUAUGAGUUUAUUAUUGUAUUCCUACAUGUAAGUCGUGCCAAACAGGUGGGACCUCUCCAUUACCGUUUUAAAAUGUGGGGGAAGAUAGCAAGCUAUCUUUUUGGCCAUUUUCUAAAGAAACCUCCACAUUUUACCAAAUUACAUUAUUGUUUGAUCUCCUUUUGUCAUACGUUAUUUAUAUUGGUGUAUAUAUUGUUAUAUGUUUUGGAACUUUUGUUACAUAUUAAAAACGGUCAGUCAAUGACCAUUUAACCACAGCGUAUGUUUUGUGUGUUACUUCCACCCAGUUGCAUAAAGACAAACUAUACGAAAUACCGUAUCAGUGUUUUUUAUGCGUUGGGUGAAAGGAACGGCAAUCAGAUAGACUGUAGCCUAUCUACAGAACAAUCGGAUACGCUCGGCUAUUUUCCCUGUAAACAAGGUUAGAACCGGAUCAAACCAGUUCAUUGUUAGUGUUCUAGAAGGCAAGCGGCUAAACAAAGGAACAAUGGAAAAAAUUCGUUUUACCCACCACCUCCCCAAUCUCCUCACAAAGCGGCACAUGCAUGCAGGAAAUAAAUUGUUUUAUUUUAACGAGUAUAUUUUGCAACAACUUUUUGUAUGUUGGGCUUCUAAUUGACUGCAUUGUCAAAAGAAGCCUUACAGAGCACGCCAUUGAGGUCUUUUCUAAAGAAAUCCAUGUACUUUACAUAUCUAAUGAAUGCCAUUUUCUAAAGAAACCUCCACAUUUUACCAAAUUACAUUAUUGUUUGAUCUCCUUUUGUCAUACGUUAUUUAUAUUGGUGUAUAUAUUGUUAUAUGUUUUGGAACUUUUGUUACAUAUUAAAAACGGUCAGUCAAUGACCAUUUAACCACA